AAAAAUAAAUUAAAAACAUAAAAAGAUAACGAUUAACGAAAACAUUGUAGUCUUCUGGUUUGUUCCUCUGUGGUGAGUCUUCACUUGGCUUGGCUGCCCUCAUAGCCAUGGCAGCAACAUCUUGUCAUCUUCUCAACCACCUUCAUCUCAAAGGAUUGCCACUUUCGAUAUCAAAGCCGGGAACUUCCAAUGCCACUGAAAAAUACAUGCUCCCUACUAAAGGUACUAAGCUGGGUCGAAAAGUUGCAGGGCGUACGUUAUGUUUCAUCAAAUUUGGAGCCUCUCCUAACAUCGAGUUUACAAAAUUCAAUAUGAAUCCUUUGCAGAAGUUACAUGACAUACAUUCAGUUGCAGAAGAUCUCAAAGAACCAUCAGAUGCUAUCUCAAAUCUUGCUGGGAGAAUGGUAUUGUUAGGGGACUUGGACCCUGCUACAGCAAAGCUGGCUAUUGGCCUUCUAGGACCCUUUUUAUCAGCAGUUUCUUUCUUGUUUAUAGUGAGAAUAGUCAUGUCCUGGUAUCCAAAACUUCCAGUGGGAAAGUUCCCAUAUGUGCUAGCUUAUGCUCCCACAGAGCCAAUUCUCGUCGUUACGCGGAAACUGAUUCCACCCCUUGGUGGAGUGGAUGUUACCCCUGUGGUCUGGUUUGGAUUAAUUAGUUUUCUUAAUGAAAUUCUAGUAGGUCCACAAGGGCUUCUUGUCCUUCUGUCUCAACAAGUUAGCUAGUGAUACUUUACAAGAUGCAGGGAGCAAAGAAAAUUGUCUUUCCGGGUCAUUUUGUAUAUAAUUUGACCUCAUGUGAGUGAGAUAUGCAAAUUUUUAUUGUAGAGAAUCAAACUUUUGUUGUUCCAUAUUGUUAUAUAUAAUGUAUUAUGCUCCUUCUUCUU